AUUCCUUCUGAUGAAUUUGUGAGCAUGUGAGCCUACUUGCUUGUGCAGAGUGGGUGUUAACAAGAGCAGAGAGAGGUGUUGCCGCAGUUUAUGAGACUUUAAAGGCUGGCAUUACAGUUGAUUCAAAUUCUGGUAUUUACCAGGGGAUGAAGUUGCUGUCCACGAAUGGGAGACAUCUUUGCUAUGUGUGUUAGGAAGAAUUCAAAAUCGCUAUUUUAAACGCCAAUGAGUAUUGCAAUUGUACUAUAGUUCAGACCCUACAAGGCUGCACAAGCUGCAGGACGGAAGCCAGCCUCUGGCGCACGCUAAUGUGGUGUUCAUGUAGCACAUGUAGGACGAGAAUGUUGUUGCGUAACUGAGAAGCAUUAGGUUUUGGUUUCCUGUGGAUAAAGAUCGAGAGCACAAUGAUAAUACUAGCAAUACUGCUAAAACAAUAACGACUUAAAUAUUAGAACUAUAGAUAAACGUGGAAUUUUGAAUGACACGUCUCAGGUGUGAGUGUGCUUUGCAAUCCACGAAGACGCAGCACGUGAAGUCGGACGUUUACUGGGGAAAAGUAAUGUUAAGGUUUGGUGUGCUCGGCGUUAUUUCUCACCGUAAGAAAACAUUGACUUGAUAACUCAACAACAGCAACAAACAACAAGUAUAAAACUGCAUUGUUGAACAUUCACUCUUAUUUUCCUGAAAUUUGUGCGAUCUUUGCUGUACAGUAAAUACUAAUUAAAUGUUUUUCUUGUUUUCCUUUGGUAACUUUUGACUUCCUGUAUGCCUUUAGAAGAAACAUUCAGGACACAGCAUAUUUGUUAUAGGGGAAUAUGCAAUGCUUUUGGAGUGGGACGUAAAAACGGUGUCGUUUCGGGGCAUGGAGCUUAGGGUUGGUGGAAAGAUACGUGCUUCUUACUGUUCACACUAAUGACAUGAAAAACCUUUCUCGUUAUCAUGGAUGAUAAAUCCAAUAAAUUAAUCCUGGUUCCAGUUUUAGCUGUGCUGUUUGUGAUGAUAGGUUAUCAAUAUAUUUGUCCCGCCGGCAGCAACUCGUGCCACUUCAGGACCGGGGAAAAGUUAAGGGGCAUCACCCCUCCAACAUCCCAGUCUCCGCCGAGCAACGACUACUACAGAGAUCAAGAGCUGGAAGAUGACUGCCCUCCUAAGUUCGUGCCCAAAUUCAACUUCACCGAAAAAGACCUGAAGCGAUAUGUGAAUUUCAAUAUCAAAGGAGACGAUGUGAUUGUGUUCCUGCAUAUCCAAAAGACCGGUGGGACCACGUUUGGGAGGCAUCUGGUGAGGAAUAUUCGCCUGGAGCAGCCGUGUGACUGCAAGCCCGGGCAGAAGAAAUGCACCUGUCACCGACCCGGCAAGCAAGAGUCCUGGCUCUUCUCGAGAUUCUCCACCGGCUGGAGCUGCGGUCUGCACGCAGACUGGACCGAGCUUACCAACUGCGUUCCCGUCAUCAUGGAAAAAAAGGAAUCUCAGAAGAACCGAAGGAACUUCUACUACAUCACUAUGCUGAGAGACCCAGUAUCCCGAUACUUAAGUGAAUGGAAGCAUGUCCAGAGAGGGGCUACGUGGAAGACUUCUCUGCACAUGUGUGAUGGAAGGUCCCCCACACAGGAUGAGCUGCCCACCUGCUACAUAGGGGAUGACUGGUCUGGAGUGACGCUGCUGGAAUUCAUGGAUUGUGCCUACAACCUAGCCAACAACCGACAGGUUCGCAUGCUGGCAGACCUCAGCCUGGUGGGGUGCUACAACCUCUCGUCCAUGAACGAGAGCGAGCGGAAUGACAUUCUGCUGCGUAGCGCCAAAAACAACCUCAAAAACAUGGCCUUCUUUGGGCUGACGGAGUACCAGCGCAAGACGCAGUACCUCUUCGAGAGGACAUUCAACCUGCAGUUCAUCUCGCCCUUCACGCAGAUCAACAGCACCCGGGCCGCCAACGUCGAUAUCAGUGAGGCCACACGGAGACGCAUAGAGGAGCUGAACUUCCUGGACAUGCAGCUGUACGAGUAUGCCAAGGACCUUUUCCUGCAGCGCUUCCAGUUCACCCGGCAGCGGGAGCACCAGGAGGAGAGGCAGAAAAGGAGAGAGGAACGCCGACUGCUCCGGGAACAGAAAGCAUACCUUUCAAGGCAGCGGGAGGAAGAGGUCACCACAGAGGACUACACCAGUCAAGUAGCUAGGUGGUGAUGGAAUUUACCUAAAAAACUUGAUUGGAUUAGAGUUUUUUUUUAGUUUAAGUGUGACAUUUUACUGAGUUUCAUCAUUUGAGAUAUAAAUAAUAAAACUGCCAAGUCUGUGAGCCACACAGCUUACCCUGCCUUGGAGUGCUCUUUUGCUGUCUUAAACUUUAAAAUGGAUGUAUUUAUUUUCUUCUUAAUCCUUCCCCAUGCUUUCUAUUGUGAUUAUUUACAGUACUUAAUAUGUAUAUUGUGGGGACUGCGUGUGGAGAGUACAGUAAAUGAAGCUUAAAAGCAAAUUUACCAAGUUCCAGCAGAGGGUACGGAUUAUCAUUGUUAGAGAUUCAAGGACUCUGGGUGAAGAUAGAUCAGCAUGUGAGCAAUUCCUUUGACAGCAUAGCACUAGCUCAAUAUUUAAUUAAAAAAAAUCUGUGUAUGUGACUUCAGUGCAUUUAAGAAGUGUAAUUACUGUAUGAAUGAGUGUGAUGUCACACACGUAGUAUUGCUGAUAAAUACAAUUUGCCUUUAAAGUUUUUCGUAGAUUAAAGAUGAUUGGAUCAGCAGUACAGUACUAUGGCAGAUGAUACCAUAGUUCCCUUGCAUCCUUUAACACAGUAUCUCUACUGCAGCCCUUGAAAAUCAUGUUUUUCAAAACAAAAAUACACAUUUUCUUACUUUAUGAUAUAAUAGGAAAGAAAAUGUUAAGACAAGUGACAUCUAGAGAGUGUAAAAAAAUACGUACACAAGGAGAAAAUUAUAUUUAGCCAAACUAAGAUAGUAAUGUUCUGUAAUAUCCUUAAACAAAAACAUAAUUAGGUGGUGUAAGUAGUUCCAUGAUAAGUUAUGAAUAAAUGUUUUGGAAUUGAAAAGAGCCCUCGUAUUUGCUGUUUUUUAACUUUUUUUUAAUUCCCCUCCCUCCCCCCCAAAAAAAAAAAUAACCACCUCACGCCAGCCUCCCUCAUAGGAACCCCUCUGUACUGUACUGUAUGUUUCUAGCUGAGGACCUCUAAAAUAUGGUCAAACAGCUACAGUAUGAUGGAAGCCCCUGUGUCAGUAGCAGCACUCCAAUCCUCCACAGUCCUCCCACUGGCAAUACGGAUCUUAAAAGUCAAAAGUUCCACAUAAAUAAUGUCACAACCAACAAGGAUCCAGUGAUCCUAAAAAAUGGUCAAACAGCUCGUAGGAAAUUCAUGAAGUCACAGUGUUGUUCAGCAAAGGUUAGAAAUUUGAUUAAAUUUGUUACAAAAAAGCAAUUUUCCACACAACACCCAAGAAGAUACCCACAAAGUACAUCCUUUUGUGCUCUGAAUUCAGUCAUCCUAAGGAAGGUUUUAUAAUCUGAGUAUAACCCCUGCCACUUUCUAUUAUUACCAUAAAAGGGUGUUGAGAAGUGAUUGCUGUACCUGUACAGUAGACAGUAUGCAUUAUACAAGGAUUUUUCUUCACAUGUCACAAUGCCUAUUUUUGACAAGGACAUCCCCAAUUUCCAGUUAUCCCCAAAAUGUCACAUACAACAGAUGGCUGUCUCCAUACGUUUAGAAUGAAUCCCAGUUUCUACAGCUGCAAUGGAAACACUUGUGCAGCAAGGCUUUAACUGUGUCAGCAGCUGUACAGCAAGCCUUCACCUGCUCCCUCACUAACACCACAGAUCCUAGCAGGCAGAAUUUAAAGAUACACGAGGAUCCAACUCUGCCAGGAAAGGGGACGCAGAGGUCACCAACACUGUGCCAGAGUCAUACUGUAACAGCAGUGAGGCAGCUCUAUUGAUCCCCCUUUAAAAUGCACAGAGUGGAGACAUUAUCAGCAAGAUUGCUUAAUGUAAGCAGAAAUUACCCUUACAUUUGGAACAAUGGACAAAUAGGAAUUCAACCAUUUCUGGAUGCUCCCCAAGCAUGUGUACAAAUGUGCUCACAAACCCCUGCCCCCACCUCCCCAAAAUGAAACGUAUUCAGUGAACUAGAAAACUCUCUUCAUGAAAUGCCAUCCGCAAGGGGUCAAAUACAGUCUGCAUCUGCAGAUGCUUAUAAGAAAUCCAGUUAAGAGUAAAGAUCUGGAAUCAGAAUCAGAACAAAAGAUGAAGUUCAUGCUAAUUUUGGAAAUCCAAUGGUGUCCAGUGCCUGAGAAAAUAUACAAACAGUAUGUAUUUUGUUCCAGGGCUUACAGCUGUCUAAUUGUUUCUACUACAUCACCAUGCUGAGUAUAUCAUGAAACGUAAUCCUGCCCACUGUGUUUGCUUUAUUCAGACCCUGCACAAUUCCACAGAACACAAAUGUCGUCUAUCAUAAUAAAUUAUAAUCUGUAUUUAGAUAAGAAGGUACUUUCAAUAAAAGGCCACUAGGGGUUUUCCCAAAUAGAUGAUAUCAAGGAGCUACUGUAACAAUUUGAUUGCAUAUAUGUUUGUCUUUAAGAUUUUUGUAUGCUUUUCUUGGUCAUAAACACUAUUAUAAAGUCAAAUCAUGAACAGUACAGGUAUGAGACUUAGGAAUCCUUUACUGUAAUGCAACAACAGUCCUGAUCAGAAUCAUUAAUUACCCAGCCCCUUCAAAUCUUUAUAAUGUGUCAGUUUUAAGAAUUUAAAAUCUUGUACAUUUUCUAACAUCUUGGGAGUUGUUGUUUUUUAAACCACCAUCUGUCUGUAUUAAAAUAUGAAGUCAAUCAAGGACAUAUACGAAACAGCAAAGGAAGAUUGCCCAGUCAAGCAAAUCAGUCUGAGUUUUAUUCCAUUCAGUAUAAAACUGAUGACAUCAGGUUUUCACAUCUCAAAAAGAAAGAUCUUACAUUUUAAAAAUUGUUGCAUUUUUAAUCUAUUGAGUUUGUUGACAUGUCAGAACAACAGAAAAUCUGUUUAUUUUAAAGUAAAACUCUUAAGAAUUUAUUGGCAUGAAUAAUGUAUCUAAACUUUCACGGUUGAAGAAAUAUUUUAACUUGGGUUUGGUUCACCCUGUUAACAGUGAAUUCACCCUGGGUAUCAGCAUACUAUAUAUCCUAGAGCUCAAAGUUAAUUAAUUGUGAUUUAUACAUUCCCUCAAAAAAAUAUUUUAAACAUUCUUUACAUAUUACUUAUUGAAUUGAUUUUUUUUUAAAGGAAUAUUUUCAACCAAAAUGUAGCCUUUAUUUUGUUUUGUGCUUUUGUUGUACUAAUACAUAAAGUAGAAUUCCAAAAAAUAGCAAACUCAGCAAAUAUUUCAAUUCAAGGUUGCCUGUAUCAUCCUGAGCUGUUCUAUGUUUCAUCCUGUGAAAGGGCUUACGAACAAAUGGAACACAAAUCCUCUCUGAAAAAGAGAUGCCUUGUAUAAAGUUGUUCUCUUAUAACUUUAAUGAAUAAAAAGACCAUAUAAACCCUGUAAAACUACCAUUUGAUAAAAAAUGUACCUGUAUGAUCUCUGUUAAUUUUGCCUUUAAACAUGAUUAAUAACAAUAACAAUAACAAUAAUAA